AUGCUUUUCUGCCAUUUUGGGGAGGGGGGGGGAGAGAAAAAGAAAACUCAACUGCUCUGCAAGCUGGAUAGCCUCACCAAAGGAUCUGAGUGCUGUCGGGGUGUAAAGGAAAGGAGGGAAACAUAUGGCUGGAGCUGGAGGAGACUCCUUUCCCCUCUAUUUCGUGUGGAUUACUGGAGGACCUGGUUAAAAGGGCUGAGGUUCUUCCUCUUCAUCGGGAUCCUCUUCUCAGCUCUCUCAGUGGUGGGAUUCUGCACAUUCCUUGUUCUGGCCAUCACCAAGCACCAGUCCCUGACUGAUCCCAGAAGCUACUACCUGUCGUGCGUCUGGAGUUUCAUCUCCUUGAAAUGGGCCUUCCUCCUCAGUUUGUACGCUUACCGGUACAGGAAUGAGUUUGCAGACAUCAGUAUCCUCAGUGACUUCUAACGCUUGGACUUCAAUCCUGUCUGAAGGUGCUGGAUGUUUGAAUUGCCCCCCAAAGGCAUGGUACGUGCAAGAGAUGUACAAGAGGCGGAGAAGGAACCCACCCAGUGCUGCUUGGUUUGUCUGUCUGCAGUAGGGGUUUUUCCUAAUUGCUUUUACUCAACCAUUUAAAGUUUGGCUAAUGAUGUUGAUCUAGUCUUUCUGUAACUUCCCUGGGAGUCCCUGUGUCUGGUAGUGAGGUGAAAGACUCCAUGUGCUCACACACAGCAGGCCUAGAUCCACUCUUUGUGUUGCCCCGAAGUCCAGGGGAGCUUUCAAGUGAGGAGGAAGUCCUGGGCCCUCCAGGAGCUGUAGGUUCAUACCUCAUGGACGCAGCACCCCAACAUCUUGUCCUUGUGAGUGCAUCACCAGGUUGCUUCAGGUGGGUGCCUCAGAUGUGUGUAGCAAAGAACCCUGCUGUGUGAAAGUCAGCUCCUUUUGCACUGCUCUGCUCUUCAGAGAAAGGGAGAGAUGAGCCUUUCUUUGUGGCAGAAGUCCCUAUGUACCUUCCAGCCAGUACCCCGCAUCUUCCAGUGUUUUCUUUUUACACGUUGUACACAAAGUCAGCUCUCUCCUGUGGUCCGGAUGAGCCCCAAGGGACGGGCCAGCAGCAGAGAAGCGCUAGUCAUCUCAAGGCUCUGUCAGAGGUGGAGAAUGCUGAUUCUGGCUGCUAUCCAGGAUCAUUUUAAAAAGGAACUUAACACCAUAUUUAACACUUAAAUUUGUAGCAUGUAGAAUCGGGUGUUUGGGUGAAAGAUGUGCUGGGCAAAGGCUUACCUACCCGAACCUCAGGAGAAACAUGAAUAUGAUUCUUCAAAAAAAAAAACAAACCACCAUCUUUUUGUAGGCAGUACUGUGUUUCCUUUUCUUUGCUCAGCUUCCCUGUAACAGUCAGCAGGAUGAGAGACGGGAGGAGCCAUGGUACUCAAAAAUCAGAAAGGUAUCCAGAGUCAGCCUCCAGCCAGCCUCUGUAACGCGUGCCACCGGCAUAAUGCAACCAUAGAUAAAUGGCUGGGCCCUCGUGCAGUGAGUUAGGAGGUGACAGGUCUAUACUCCUGGGCUGGUGUGCUGGAAACAGCGGGGCUCGACCGGCACGUCUUUCGCCUGAUGGCAGUGAAGCCUUCCCUCUGCAUGUCGGCCAUGCGUGGCGCUGCUCUGACAAACCUAAAACCUGAGUGGAUUUAGUGACCUCUUUAAUCCCUGUGUUUUCCUCCCUGCCAGCAGCUAGCCUGAGAAGCUUGAAACCUUCAAGUGUUUACAUCUUUCCUUGUUAACUGUGCUGGUACUUCACACCAGCUAAAGGUUUUGGGCUGCUGCUCUGGCAGAAUCCAGGCUGGUGUUUUGCCAUGUCAGGCAGAUGGUGCUGGCUACUACAAACUGGAAAUGGCAACUUCCAUGAAUAAUUCUACAGGUGGGUGAGAAGAGAGGCAGGAAGAAGCCCCCUCCCCUUGCAGACCGAUGGAAGACGAGCAAGGCAGGUGUUUGGAGGAGUCUCCCAGACACAGUUGUCCUGCCACUUCUCUAGGUGCUGCUGGAGCCUUCGCUGAAGUGCCUUUUUGGCAAUCUCUGGCAGAGGGUGGGUGACGGGACCUGCUCAGGGUUUUGUGACCAAGUGAGGUGCGAGUGGAAGGUCCUAUGUGCUCUGUUGUCAGCCCAGCUUUCUCUCAUGCCACACAAAACUCCCCAGUCUGGUUUUGUGCAGCUGUCUGCUGGGGAGUAUCUUGGACUGUCCUUUCUGUUAUCUUAUCCUAGCGGUGUGCUCUGACUUUAGCUGUGUUUGAAUCCCUCUCCACACUCGAAAGCUCCAUCCACACCUUCGCUGGUCUGUGUUUUGCUUUGGAAGAUGAGUGGUUCAGGCACACGGUAAUUCAUUUGAGGUGUUGAGGGCAUUUUGGAAGUGCAUUCCCUGAUUUCGUGGGUGGGAAGAUCCUCAGGUGACUUAACUAGAUUGAGGAACGUCUUUGGGUCAGCUUGUAAACCGAGGUUGUAGCCAGCUUUUGCCCAGGGACCUGCUGGAGUCACUAAACCCAGACAAAGGCUGCGAAUAUGAAAUGCGCUUACUUAUGAGGUUAAUACUCAGGCUUUUAAAUACUAAAAUCUCCCUUACUGCUGACGUCAGGCUGCCAGCAUGCCUGGCAGGGGAUGGAAUAGCUCAUCUCGCUUCUCUGCCCAAAGCCGUGGCACCCACUCUUGGAGUUUGCGAGUGGUUUUAGCGUUGGUCGUUUCAAUAAGCCAUCUCUCAUCUUACGUUUCCCCAACACAACACUGCCCACGCGUUUGCUGUGCCGGUGCAAGCCCCAGCUCUGAUAACCGGAUUGUGGUGUGCUUGGGACGCAGAAAUCCCGACACUGGUCAGACUGAUGGAGCUCUGCUACUGCCUUACAGCAAAACAUUGUCCCUGUCUCUCACUAAAUUACAGAGCCCUCCUGCCUGCACGCCACUGGCAUCUCAUAGCGGCACGUCAGGGGCUCCUUUCUUGGGCACGUGUCCCGAAGUCCUGUCGGCUUACCGCGGAGAUUUUUAAAGUUUAUUUUUGUGACUGUAAAAUUUGCCUACAAACAGCUCACUGAAUCUAACCCCCAUUUUCUCCCUGACAUGUUUUAGCUCUGGAAUUUAUACCUGCAUCUCAGCUUUUUAAAAGAUUGUGUAUGUAAAUAUAUAAUAUAUUUUUACAUUGUUUAUGCUUCGUUUGCACGCUUGGUGUAAGAUUUGGUCCUGCGGUGGGAUGAUGUAAUUCACAGUGGGGUUCAUUUGUGUGCAUCCCAGUGUCUCCUUGUACUAAACCACACUAUAACUUGUAUGCGACACCACAGUAAGAGCAGAAAUACAGUCAUCUUUCUCACCAAA